GCCAUAUUCCCUACAGCCAAGCGAUAAGUAUCGGCAUCUGGCGGCGCGUUCGCGAACGAGAGAAUAGCAAACCGUGAACAUGGCAGGAAAGUCGAAGCUCCUGCGGUGGCAGAACUGCCAGUAGCGAUGGUGGCGACUGGCCGACGUCGUGUGUGUGUUUUGUUACUGCUGCGAUGCGUCUGCUAAAUCUUGAGUCGUCUCGUAAAAGAGUGUGAGAAGGGAAGCGGUCAGCUGGGCACGACGCUCGUAAGACAACGCGACAAACAAGGAACGGAGCAAUACGGAACGGAGACAGAUCGGAGGAGGGAAGGAGACGAGUAGCGUGCAGCAGAAAAAAAGGUUACGAGGGGCGGAUCGUCGAUGGUAAGGACCGUCCGCGUAAAAGUGUAAUAUUCCUGGGAAACGAUGGCGUAAGCUAGUCAACCCCGAGUCGAGACGUGCCGUGUACCGUGUCGUCGAUCGCGUGCCGUAGUUCGUCGGUCGCUUUUUCUCCGGUUUUUGUGCUUCGCAUAUGAUUCGGCUGCUACGAAAAGUCGCGCGCGCGGACAACGGAGCGCGUUUACAAGGUAACGUCAGUGAAAUCGGAAUCGAGUGUGUGCUAUGCUAUCUAGGUGGUACGCAGGCUGAGUGGUGAAUAUAUUCGUAAUAUCGGUUCGUCUUCGAUCACCGCGCGUCAUCGCGAGGCUCUCGUAUAUACGGGCCAGCGUUAUCGCUUCUCGUCGCAUCGGGUUUCUCGUGUCCUGUUGCGACUGUUAGCGACUACCCGUUCGAAACCGCUACUUCCUCGCGUCGUCCGGUUGUUGUUUUGUUUAUUGUUGUUCGCACGUACGCGCGAGGUGGUGCCAAUACCCGGACAGCGGCUUCCAACUGUGAGAAAGAAUAUGGUUACGAUGAUCAGUGACACGUACGGAUACGUUCCCUUUCUGCUGUUGCUGUUGCUGGUGCCUUAUAUCGAGAGCGCUGCGAUGACGGAUACGAGCAGAACAGCACGUCGAUUGAACGAAUAUAUCCACCACUACGAACCACUCUCCUACCCCACCGAAGAGAUCCACCGAGGUCACCUGAGGGCCAAGAGGUCGGUUACCCGCGACAAUUCUGUGACUCUGAAGUUUCGAUCGCACGGAAGGGACUUUCACAUUCGACUGAAGCGGGACCUGACUACCUUUAGCAAUAACUUAAUUAUUGAGGGCCCUUCCGGCGAAACGGAGGACCUCGACACCUCGCACGUUUACCAAGGCCACGUAGUCGGCGAGCCUGGCAGUCACGUGUUCGGAAGCAUCAGCGACGGUGUUUUCCACGGGAAAAUUAUAUCGCCUCGCGGUGGCGCGUGGUUCGUCGAAAGGGCGCACUAUUACUUUCCACCGCACGAGAUAAACGACACGUUACAUUCUGUAAUCUAUCACGAGAACGACAUCGGGGACCCGUACGCCCACCUUCGAAAAGGCGAAACCGGCGGUUGCGCUGUGACCGACGAUGUGGUGGAGUGGAUGGAUAGAAUUCAAAAUUCUGGUCAAGAGGAGGGCCCGCCUUCGGUGAAGGGCAGCGACAUCAAGAAAGCGAAACCGCAGGCGAACACGUGGAACGCCGAUCAGGAAUCGCCCGGUCACAAAUACUCUCGUGAAGCAAACGAACCUAGUCAUCGGAGAGUACGAAGGGCAGCCAGGCCAAAAGAGGACAACAAAAACACUUGUUCCCUUUUUAUUCAGACUGAUCCUCUAAUAUGGAGACAUAUAUCCGAGCAGCUGCAUCACGAUGUGGAAAAAACCAAAGAGGAGAUCCUGUCGCUUAUCGCGCAACACGUCACUGCCGUGAAUUACAUUUACAGAGAUACGAAGUUCGACGGUAGAAUCAAGCAUAGAAAUAUCAAAUUCGAGGUUCAGCGAAUAAAGAUCGACGACGAUACGGCCUGCGUGCCUCAUCAAACGUACAAUGAACCAAAUCCCUUCUGCCUGGAGAACAUCGACGUUAGUAACUUUUUAAAUUUACACUCGCUCGGCAACCACGAAGACUUCUGUCUCGCCUAUGUGUUCACGUACAGAGAUUUCACCGGUGGUACUCUUGGCCUCGCGUGGGUCGCCUCGGCGUCUGGCGCGUCCGGCGGCAUAUGCGAGAAAUAUAAAACCUACACGGAAACGGUGGGUGGAAUGUAUCAGUCCACGAAAAGGUCUCUGAACACGGGGAUCAUCACUUUUGUAAAUUACAACAGCCGAGUUCCUCCGAAAGUGUCGCAGCUGACGUUAGCGCACGAGAUAGGACACAAUUUCGGAUCGCCCCAUGAUUUUCCUCCCGAAUGUAGACCUGGUGGGCUACACGGAAAUUUUAUUAUGUUCGCGUCGGCGACCAGCGGGGAUCGGCCGAACAACAGUAAAUUUUCGAAAUGUAGUAUCGGUAACAUCAGCAACGUUUUAGACGCCAUCGAGGACAACAAGAAAAGGAACUGUUUCACUGCGUCCGCCGGAGCGUUCUGCGGUAACAAAAUCGUCGAAGCCGGGGAAGAAUGCGACUGCGGGUACGACGAUGACGAGUGCGUGGAUAAAUGCUGCUAUCCGCGACAGGUGUCCGAGCUGGACAAAAUAAAGAACGAAACCGCGAAGGGCUGCAGCAGAAAGCUUAACACGCAAUGCAGUCCCAGCCAAGGGCCUUGCUGUUCGAGCGAGUCGUGCCAAUUCGUACCUCUCUCCAAGAGCGUUCAAUGCAAAGCGGAAUCCGAUUGCAGUUACAAUUCGACUUGCAAUGGGAGUUCGUCCGAGUGCCCUGUACCGCUACCGAGAGCCAACAAGACCAGAUGCAACGAGGGAACUCAGUUGUGCAUCAAUGGCGAAUGCACGGGAUCGAUUUGCCUGGAAUGGAAUCUGACAGAAUGCUUUUUGACGAGCAACGUGAUUCCGAAUAUCGACAAACGGAAACUGUGCGAAUUAGCUUGCCAAAAUGGAACCGAUCCAUCCAGUUGCCGCAGUACCAGCGAAUUUGCGCACAUCGUUGGUCUGCCCGAAGGUGGAAUUAGCCUUCGACCUGGAUCGCCAUGCGAUAACUUUCAGGGUUAUUGCGACGUAUUUUUGAAGUGCAGAGCAGUGGACGCGGAAGGGCCGUUAGCUAGGCUGAAAAAUCUUUUAUUUAAUAAAGAGACAUUGCUCACGGUAGCGCAAUGGGUCACUGAAUUCUGGUGGGCGGUAUUAUUAAUAGGCAUAGCUUUCAUUAUUUUCAUGGGCUUGUUCAUCAAAUGCUGCGCUGUGCAUACUCCUUCCAGUAAUCCUAAGAAACCACCAGCGAGGCGGAUUAGCGAUACCUUGAGAAGGCCGAUGAAUACUCUGAGAAGAAUACGACAUCCACAUGGCGGAGGAGGUGCUGGUCCCAGAAGUAUACCUCCCAGGCAAGCCCCAGGAGGCCACAAUGGAACUCGAGGACCCUCUCAUGGUUACGGGGAGGGCAGAGGUGCGCAAUAUUAUCCAAAAGCAGGCUAUCGCUCGGUUCCCACAGCUAGUGCGCCAACCAGUAGCGGCGCAGCACCCAACUAUGGUCGUUCCAACCACCCAGAACUGUACGCCGGUGCCUAUUCGGGUUCCGGUGGAGGUGGGAGGGCCGCAGCCUACGAGAUGAGACAUCACAACAAGGUGUGACGAUCCUAGAGAACUACCGCGGACGAGGAAUAGUCUCGGUACCGUCGCACUGUAACCUAUCUCUGUACGAUGCCAAACUGUGAAACGAGCCGAUCCACCGGACACGAUGUUCCAUUGGGAACCAUGAUCGAGACGAGGAUGGAAGAGCGUGAUCGAGUGCGUUUCGAAAGUAUCGACGAUCGCCGAUCGGCGUUCUCUUUAUUCCGGGUUCGAGUUAUUCACAGCAAAGAGGUCCGGUUCCGGGAUUGCAAAUAAAUUGGUGAAGUGUGCUAGGAUCAAUGGUGAUAUACAUGUUUUGGGGGAGGGGGGGUACAUCAGGCUGAUUCUAUAUCGGCGAUAACGCUAGGAAAUCGACGUUCGCGGAAACGACGGGACGAAUGACAAGCAUCGGAUAUGAUAGAUCAUAAACUUACGAAUCCUUAGUAAUCUAUAUUAUCAUACACUUUCACGUAAUUCGUCUUUUCAAUGUUUGCCGCAUGAUUCCUCCGCGUUGCCAUUUAAGUAUUGCGAUCGUUCAAACGGAAUUAUUGCAAAACGCUUUCGAAAGGACUUCUUUGUUCGCGAAAUUCUUUCAUUGUAAAAAAAAAAGAAUGAGAAAAAAAAAACCGACGUAACGAUCAAAGUCAUUUUAACGAACAACGCUGGAUUCGCACAGCAAUAAAAUAUUAUGGUACUGGACGUAAGCGUGUGUUUGCCCCGUUCGACGAACGAACAUUUUUAUGGCCAAGAUUGCAUAGUAGCGUUGAUGCAUCGAUUUCUGGACGGAAAUCGUAUUUUCGUGUGUUUCGCUCCCGGAAGCGAGUGUUUUUUUUUGUGUUUUUUUUUUUAAGCGAUUGAUGAGACUGUUCGUUAGAAGAAGAAGAGAAGUUCGAUGGGAGACCGGAUACGACAAUAUAUAUUUGGAAUAAGUGUUAGGAUGAUAAACGUAACUUUUGAGAAGCUCCCACUGAACGUACCUUGUACCUUUUAACUCUUAAACGUUACAAGAUCGUAGACUUUUAAACGAAUAUUUUCUUUUUCCUUUUUUAUCCGACUUUUUUUCUACUCAAACUUAGAUUUUGAGACGUUAGUGUUUUAUCGGCGGGACGUUAGUGUUUUAUUAAGGCGGGAUUUAAGUUUAGGAGAAAACGCAGUAAUGUUGCUCUCAUUAUCGGUUUAAAUAAAGUAUUAUUAACGCGAUAAAUACGAUCGACGCCGAGAGACGUUUAAUAUAAUUUUUAAGGCGAACGUACACGUCAGUCGCGAUGUACAAAAUGUCGUUUAGCGAAAGCAUUUUUAACUUUGUUUUCGUUCACCAUCGCUUUCCGGAGCGAAGAUUCACGUCUACCAUUACCAAACUAUUGCAGGUCAUUCACUUGAUCUCUACCAUUGUAGUAUAAUAAUUAAUGAUAUGUAAUAUUCUUAUACUAAUUUUUAUUAGCCAAUUGAAACGAGCAAAGCUACGAGAGACUAUGAAAAAAAAAAAGAAAGAAAAAAAUGACAAGAAAAAAGAUUUUUUUAUAACGAUAUUUCAUUAACAAUUAUACCGAUAAAAAUGAUAUUGAACGACAUUGAUAUUACUAUAAUUGUGCUUACUAUUAUUAUUACUAUUAUUAUUAUUAUUAAUACUAUUACUAUUAUUAAUUAGUUAUCUAUUGCAGAUGAUAAUUUAUAUCCGCUGUCGCGAAUGUUAUAAGUUAUAUUUAAAUACGGUUUUAACUUGCAAUUAUCGGGGGCUGUACCGUAAACGCGCUUUAAUUAUGCGCAUGGCGGACCAAAGACGAGGCCUCCUCUUGAAAUAUAAACAUGUUUUAAUAUAUGUGGGCUCAAGCAGCGUAUUCGUGCACAGCUACACACUCGUACGCGAAAAAGAGGAAAAUCCGUACGCGUUCCGGAACGGCGAGUUGUACACCAAAUAGAUCCCGCACGAUAUAUACUCGCUUCCUUUCUCGAAACGCCAAAAAAACGUUUACGCGAUCGACUGAAUUUUUUUUUUUUUCUUUUUGUUUUUCUUUUCUUUUACCCUCGUCGAGCCUUCUCGAGCAAAUUUUGUCCGAUUCUUUCUAUUAGAAUUGCAAAUCGUAGCAACAACAAUAAUCAAAGAUGAAAAUCGUUAUCGUCGCUGCCAAGGUGGUUUAUCACUAAUUAUUUAGCCCUCGCGACCUAGCAUUUAUUCUUCUCCUUAUACUUUUUUAUAACGCCACGGUAUCAAGCUUGCCAACGUUUCUGAAAGCGCGUUUUCUAUUGUCCUUGUCUUUCCAUAUUUCAUAAAAAAAUCGAAGAGAAGUGUCAUUACGUGUACCGUUCGACGUCACGACAGUUCCACGCAUCGCGAAAGUUAGGCGAGACGAUUUUAAGCAGAGACGCGGCAAAAUUUUAGCCGCUGUACUAACGACGAGUAGAAAUACCGUGCAACGGUUCCUUUUCAACGUUUAUUCAAAUAAGUUUUUUUUUUGUUUGCUUGGCCGUGAACUGUAAUUACCGGUAGCGAUAUUUGCCGAACAAAUGACGAAUCAAAAGCUGUUUGUUUCUUUCGUUCGUUGCCCGUAACUUGUACGCGUGGAUAUGAAUUUUGCCCGUCUCUGAUUUUAAGACCACGGAAGGAACGUUUCUAAGGAUGACGAAAACACAAAGGGCGAAGGUGUGUGUCUGCCGAUAUAUCGCGGGGAUACGAGUUUGCGGGUUUGUGUGGAGAUGUACAAUAGUCGCAAUGUGAUUGUAAAAGAAGAUCGCGCGAGAGAUCAUAUGUGAGAGUCGAACGAAAGCGGGUUGGGGAAAGAGAACCUAAACGACAUGGAACGAAUACGGGCGUGCAAGAAUAAAAGAGAGAGUGUUCAACCUCUGUACAUAUGUUGAUAUUGCCCGUGUACGUAUGAACACGCGGGGCUGGCGCGCGUGGAUGUACGUACGCGCGAUUAUCAUGAAUGAUAAUUAUAUAACCAUAACAAAUGGUAAAGCGAAAUACAAAAAAAAUACUUGUUUUUAUAUCAGAUCUGUAUUAUAGCGAAAUAUUAUUCUGUAUUUUGUAAUCGAGACGGAAGUUACAAGGAUGACGAACGAAUGCCUGUACGUGCGUGUAAUCGAGCACUUAACUUUUAAUGGUGACGACUUUUAACGACGAUCCAGCGUGGAUCCGGGACGGAUCGUUCGAUGUAGAUUAUUUAAGAAGUUUUGAAGAUUCUUGCAUAUAGAUGCAACACGGGAUUCCGUUUGGUCCCAUUCGUAAUCGCUCGUCCGAUCCAUCGUAUGAUUUUUUAGUUCACGGUCUCCCUAAUCGCGAGACACGAGUCUGUGUUUUACUGCCAAUAGCAUAUUAUAAUAUUAUUGCCAAUCGUAAUAGCGCGUAGCAAGAAAGAGGAAAAAGAAAAAUAAGAUCGAUAGUCUUCUAGCAUCAGAAUUAACGACGUACGGAGAUCAGUAUUAUACGACGUUUAGCAGUAACGAUACGUCUGAUAGCAUAAACAUUCGAAAAAAAAUCGAGUAUCAAUGAUGAUACAUUCAUAGACAAUUUAUAGAAGAAAGAAAGAGAAAGACAAACUGUUGACCGAUCAUAUUUUGCUUCCGAGCCACUGUCAAAGUCUUAUUCGGAAACGAGUUUGGUCGAUGUUUCAAAAUCGUUCGUAAUAAAUUUAUCCUUGCUUCCAUUUCACUGCCAUAAAAACGAUUCAAACCGACUGAAUAUACGAUCAAAGGACAGCCGUACGCGUUCUUGCGACAAGAACGGAAAGAAAUAAUGGUAAAUAGCGGGCGUUGUUUAUAAAAAACAAAAGAAAAAAAGUAAAAGCCUAAGACGAGCGUGGAAUGGGGCCAAGUUGUAGUAUCUAGUUGACGAAGAUGUUGCUUACCCGUAUGAGAAGCAUAACGAUUAAAAAACAAAAGUACGUUCUCCUUCAUCAUUUGCCCCCCCCCCCUACCC